ACUUGGUUACUUCCGGCGAUGAACUGUUGGAAAGUGUCGGACUUGCCUCUCUCUUGGCUUGUGAGAAUUCCAUCUUCCAAGCCUGGGCUGCGGGGAGCUUGAUCUUUGGGUCCCCGGGACUUAAAGACUGGAGAGGAGCUGGUAGGACAUUGUGUCCACACUGGAGUCCUGUCCCUAACCUUGACCCGGCUGGUCUCUGUCUCCAGGUCAGGAGCUAUUACGAAGGAUCCAGGUCCAAAUUUUUAGUAUAACCGUGCUUCUCAUAGAACUAAUGAAGUCUUUCGUUUAUCUAUCAAGCUCUUAUGGCUUGAAAGCCAGAAUGAGAUAUGACCAUUUUAAUGGGUUUCAUUCCUAUACUGACUUAAGUUUGGCUUAUGAUCGAGAGAAGAAACGACCCCGUCUGGAAUAAUCUUGUCCCGUUAUUUAUAUGAGAUAUGGACUUUUUCAUUUUUAAAACUGUUUUAAGUUGGGCCUGAUGUCACUUUUUAAUGGCCCCUUUUAAAAACGUUAUUAAAAUCUGGACGUAGUCGCUAUUAGCAGUUUUAUGGGAGAAGUGAUGACUAACUUCUACUCUAUAUCUUAAAGUGAAUGAGUUUGUUGAGUGGUUUUCUUUAGUAUAGAUGACGUCGUUGCCACCUCUCUUAGCUAAUAAUAAUUCCAGACAUACCAGUAAGGUUGUUCACUACAAAAAGUGCCCUUUAGAAGAGCAGAGAACAAAUCGGGUUAGUGUAACGGGCAACCUCUAGAGACCCUUCAGUUGGAAUGAUAAUGACAGAAUCCAGGGCAGUUGUACACUUAGAGCCUCCAACUGAGACUCCGCAAGAACAAGCAGACCUUCUCAUAGUGAAAGUAGAAGAAGAGGACUGUUCCUGGAUGCAGGGAUACAACCGGCCAGUGCUUGAGACUUUUUACCAGCGCUUCAAGCACUUCCAGUACCAUGAGGCAGCAGGACCCCGCGAUGCUCUCAGCCAGCUCCGGGUUCUCUGUUGUGAGUGGCUGAGGCCGGAGCUGCACACCAAAGAGCAGAUCCUGGAGCUGCUGGUGCUGGAGCAGUUCCUCACCAUCCUGCCUGAAGAGUUUCAGGCCUGGGUGAGAGAGCAUCACCCCGAGAGUGGGGAAGAAGCCGUGGCUGUGAUAGAGAGUAUCCAGAGAGAGCUGGAGGAGCGCAGACAACAGAUUGCCACAAGUCCCGAAGUACUUCCUCAGAAGAUGGUACCACCCGGAGCCACGCAGGAGUCCUUCAGUCACCAGUGUCUACCUGUGGGGGCCCAGCCCGAUGGAGAGUCACAGAAUCUUCUGGAAGAAAAUGCCCUUCCUGUUCUCCAGGUUUCUUCCGUUCCCCUGAAGGACAGCCAGGAGCUGACAGAUUCACUCCUCUCAGAUGGGCCCCAGAAGUUGGUGAAAAUUGAAGAUGUGGCUGAUGUAGCUGUGUCCUUCAUCCUGGAGGAAUGGGCACAUUUGGACCAGUCCCAGAAGUCUCUCAGUAGGGAUGGCAGAAAGGAGGACUGUGAGAGUACCACUCCUGUGGAUUAUGAGCCCAAGGAGGGCAAUUUAGAGCUCACGGUGCAGCAGGUCUCCGAUGCAGCUGACCCACACUGGGUGGCCGCAGAACGCACUUUGGAAAAGAACGGUGUUCAGCGUCAAGAGUCCGGCGAAGUCAGCGACCUGAAGGACAUGGUGCAGAGGUGGCAGGUGAAUCCCACUUCGGGGAAUCCAAGGCAGAAAAGAUCUCUGUGCUCAGGUCCGGAUGUUAACCGGAAGCAGAAAUCGAACGGCGAACGAGGCCACAGAUGUGGUGACUGCGGGAAGUUUUUCCUCCAAGCCUCAAACUUCAUUCAGCACCGGAGGAUCCACACUGGAGAGAAACCGUUUAAAUGUGGGGAGUGUGGAAAAAGCUACAACCAGCGGGUUCACCUCACUCAGCACCAGAGAGUCCACACCGGCGAGAAGCCCUACAAGUGUCAGGUGUGCGGGAAAGCCUUCCGCGUGAGCUCCCAUCUGGUGCAGCAUCACAGCGUGCACAGCGGGGAGAGGCCGUAUGGCUGUAACGAGUGCGGGAAGAGCUUUGGGCGGCACUCGCAUCUGAUCGAGCAUCUGAAGCGCCACUUCAGAGAGAAAUCCCAAAGAUGCAGCGACAGAAGAAGUAAGAACACUAAACUAAACAUUAAGCGAAUCCCAGGACUUUCAGAAGCAGACUCGGAACUCUCGGGAGAAGUCCAAAGGAAUGCUUGUCAGGCUGAAGGUCACAGUGAGGGCUGUGAACACCAGGAUGGACAGCAGGGGGCUGUCAUGAAAGAAACCCUAGGACAGUCCUCUUCAAAGAGGACAGACUGCAAUGAGUUCAGCUAUGUCCACAAGAAGUCGUCUCCAGGAGAGAGGCCACACCAAUGUAACGAGUGCGGGAAAAGCUUCAUCCAGAGUGCGCACCUCAUUCAGCAUCGGCGAAUCCAUACUGGGGAGAAACCAUUCAGGUGCGAGGAGUGUGGGAAGAGCUACAACCAGCGUGUCCACCUCACUCAACAUCACCGCGUUCACACGGGCGAGAAGCCCUAUGCCUGUCACUUAUGUGGGAAAGCCUUCCGAGUGAGGUCCCACCUCGUUCAGCACCAGAGUGUGCACAGCAGGGAGAGGCCUUUCAAGUGCAACGAGUGUGGGAAGGGGUUUGGGAGGCGUUCGCAUCUCGCCGGUCACCUCCGACUCCACUCUAGAGACAAGUCACACCAGUGUCACGAGUGUGGUGAGAUCUUCUUCCAGUACGUCAGCCUCCUCGAACACCAAGUGCUCCACGUGGGCCAGAAGAGCGAGAAGAACGGUGUCUGCGAGGAGGCCUACAGCUGGAACCUGACAGUGAUCGAAGAUAAGAAGCUGGAGUUACAGGAGCAGCCUUACCAGUGCGACUCCUGCGGGAAAGCCUUCAGUUACAGUUCUGACCUCAUUCAGCAUUACAGAACUCACUCUGCGGAGAAACCCCAGAAAUGUGACACAUGCAGGGACAGCACCUGCCAGUGUCCGCACAUAAAACAGCAACAGAAAAGCUGCCCCAGUGGGAAAUCCCAUCAGUGCAAUGAGUGUGGAAGGGGCUUUAGUUUGAAGUCCCAUCUCAGUCAACAUCAGAGAAUCCACACCGGCGAGAAGCCCCUCCAGUGUAAGGAGUGUGGAAUGAGUUUCAGUUGGAGCUGUAGCCUCUUCAAACAUCUGCGUAGCCACGAGAGGACAGAUCCAUAAGCACCCGAAGCAUACAGGAGUCUGUUGGGAAUCAGCCUGGCUUUAGAGAAGCCUUCCAUGGCUCUCAUACGUGUAACAUCAUCUUAGUCAUCUUAACCAUCAGACCUACAGACGAGGGGAAGCCCUGUCAGGUAGAGCUUGGCCUUCAGGGACACUGGAGCAUCCCAGGUGCUCUGAUAGCAUCUUUAUGCUCAGAGCCUCUGGCUGGGCACGGUGGUGCCUCGGGAGGGAGAGACAGGCAAACAUCUGGUUUACAUAGCAAGUUCUAGGAAAGCUAGAUUUACAUAGUAAGACCCCUGGGUGAGAGACAGACAGACACACCUCUGGGUCCUGUGGAUAAAGGAAAGUCUUGACAUGGCAUUGUUUAUUUGAAGCUCAGAAAAAUAACAAAGAAGAGUCAUGAGUGCAGUAGAAAUAAGCUCAUUUGUAGUUUCCACCUCAACAGCAUAGCUAUUCAGAGAGUCGUCCCUCCAAAGGAACUCUUCCAUGUGAAGCCCAUCUUGGUACAUCUCUGGACACGACUGUCCCAACCACUGGAGUGCUCUAGCCAUUGUUCCCAUCCUGUUUAUUAAAACUUUUGAAAAGAA